AUGAUCACACUCUGUGACCUCCCCGAUGACAUCCUGCUAGAGGUCCUCACCCAAAAUAUCCUCUCCGAACGCGACAUCAACGCCUUCUCCCAAACAAAUCACCGACUACACAUCCCUGCAAACCGGUGCCUCUAUCGCCAAAACGCCCUGCACAACAGAAGCAGUGCUCUGAUAUGGGCAUCCGAAACCGGGAAUCUAUCCACAGCUCUAUACGCCCUCGAACACGGCGGCGCAGACAUCAACAUCAAAUCCCUCAAACACUACGGCGGGACACCGCUCAUGCUUGCCUCCGAAAAGGGACAUCGUGUAGUCGCGCAGCUACUUCUCUCUAAAGGCGCAAACCCAAACGCAACUAACAUCUUCCAUGAAACUGCCCUGAGUGUAGCAGCGCAGACCGGCGCGCUCGACACCGUGAACCUCCUCCUGGAUCACCCUAGGACUCUCCCCGACCAGCCCGACACAUCCGGGCAAACAGCAUUCUGGUGGGCCUGCUGUAAUGGCCACCAGGCGGUUGUGGAGAGACUGCUCGCCAGACCGGACGUCGACAUCAACCGCCAACGACAAGACGGCGCAACGCCGCUGAUCUCGGCAACGGGCGCAGGUCACGUUGCUGUAGUGCAAGUGCUGUGCGAAGACGAGAGGAUCGAACUAAACCGCUGCACGGAGGACUCCAGAACAGCUCUGAUGGUAGCGGCACUGCAUGGCAACGAGACGAUCGCAAAAAUGCUUCUGCAUAUGCCGUCAUGCAACGUCGACGCAGAAGACUCCGAGGGCAAACGGGCGCUUCCGUACGCUGUCAGAGGCGACUGCGUGGCGAUCGUGCAGCUAUUGAUCGAGAGAGGUGCAGAUGUGAAUUACCAGGAUCAAUUGGGUCGCACGGCACUUUCCAUCGCGGCGGACCUUGGCCGUGAAAGCAUGACAGCCUUGUUACUUCGACAUGAUGCCGAUCCGACCCUGGCGGAUAGUCGAGGCUGGUUGCCCCUUCACUGGGCUGCGCAGGCUGGUCAUGAGGCCGUUGUCCGGGUACUCCUCGAAGAUGGCCGUACAAACCCGGGGCAUUCGAGCUUGAUCGGCACGGCACCACUUCACUGUGCAUCAUGGGACGGUCACCAUGGUGUACUAAAGCUCCUGUUAGCGAAAGACAAUAUUGAUGUCAACUGCAAAGACAACGCGGGCUGGACACCUCUGAUCUGGGCAACGUUUAACAAAUCCGUGAGUCUUAUGCAACUAUUCUUGGAUGAUUCCCGUACGGACGUCAAUGCACAAGAGCAUGAGGGCAGGACGGCGCUUUUCUUUGCGGCCAAAAUGCGUCAGGGAGCUGUUGUGGAAGCUCUUUUGAGUCAUGCUAUGAUCGAUGCUGCGAUCACGGAUCACACCGGCAAGAAUGCUAUAAUGUAUGCGAAUGAGCUUGGGUAUCUGGAUAUUGCUGCCUUGAUUGAAGCAUCUGCAAAGAAAGGACAGUACCAAUAG